GUGUUUUUCGAUGUUUGAGGUUAGGAAUGAGCUUCAUCUUUACUUUCGUCAAAAAUGUAUUUCUCAGAAUGUUACAGUUAAUUUGGUUUGGAAAGCGGAAAAUCUCCAAUUCAUUAAGUAUAUACGUUAAAACCAAUACGGGAAAUACACUUGCUGUAGAUUUAGAUCCAAAAUGGGACAUACGCAACGUCAAAGAAAUUGUUGCGCCAAAAAUGGGAAUCUCGCCCGACGACAUAAAAAUUAUUUUCGCUGGAAAGGAACUACACAAUUCUACCAUAAUCGAGGAGUGCGACUUAGGUCAGCAAAGUAUUCUUCAUGCAGUCAAAACACCAAAAAGAUUAGAUAAAAAUAGUUUAAAUUUACCUAGCAAUAUAAUAAGAGAAUCAAUUUCUGAGUCAGAUUUAGAUGAUAGUGGAGGUAGUAAGCCUAUGAAUGAAACGCUAAAUGAUUUAUCAUUUGAAGAAUCAAAUGAGGAUGGGAAAAAUAAAGUAGAGGAAGGUCAAAGUAAAAAGGCCCACUUUUAUGUUUAUUGUUCAUCUCCUUGUAAAUCAGUGCAUGUUGGAAAGUUGAGGGUACGUUGUGCAGACUGUGGUAGUGGAGCUGUCACUGUUGAUCAAGAUCCUCAAAGUUGGCCUGAUGUCUUAAUGCCUAAAAGGAUAACUGUCCACUGUGAAAAUCAAUACUGCCAAACAUUAAUGACAAAUGAUGGAGAGACGGAUUCACAAAUUAAUUUUGCUCAGUUUUUUUUCAAAUGUGCAAAUCAUGCCAGCUUAGGAGAGAAAGAUGAAGCUGUUCCAUUGUAUUUAAUCAAACCUAAUCUCGCUAAAAUUCCAUGUUUAGCUUGUACAGAUGUAAAAGACACAGUUUUAGUAUUCCCAUGUGAGGCAGGUCAUGUGACUUGUUUAGACUGCUUUCGCGACUAUUGUACAGUUCGUUUGCAAGAGCGUCAAUUUGUUUUCGACGGCGAGACAGGUUAUUACACACUUCCAUGCCCCGCGGGUUGUGCAAACUCUUUCAUUCGUGAAAUCCAUCAUUUCCGCCUCUUGACUUCGGCUCAGUACGACCGUUAUCAGCGAUUUGGGACAGAAGAGUACGUUAUAAAAGCUGGUGGUUUGCUUUGUCCUCAACCGGAUUGCGGAAUGGGUAUUAUCCCACCGAGCUUGGAAAAUGGGAUGACGGAGGAAGACUGUCGGAAAAUUCAAUGCAUUGGUGGUUGUGGUUACGUAUUUUGCAGAAAAUGCCUGCAAGGCUUUCAUUUAGGGGACUGCGAGAAUCAACCAACUGCCUCGAACUCGAACGCAAGCCGUGACAGCUAUGUCGUGGAUCCCUUGAAAGCCAAAGACGCCAAGUGGGACGAAGCGAGCAAAAAGACGAUCAAAAUAUCGACAAAACCAUGUCCCAAGUGCCGAACUCCCACCGAGAGAGAUGGUGGGUGCAUGCAUAUGAUCUGCACGAGAGCUGGCUGUGGUUUUCAGUGGUGCUGGGUAUGCCAGGCACCGUGGACGCGCGAAUGCAUGGGCAACCACUGGUUCGGAUGAUUCGCCGCCGCACUACCGCCAUCCCUCUCGAGCGCGCUCUUCGUUUGUGCAACUCGAUCGCAAAUUUUUUCUAUCUUUUCUCUGUGUGACUCGGCGAGCUGCUGCUGCAAUCCUUUUUUUUCCCCUGUGGCUACGUCGAUGUCCUUUUUAUGCCAUCCUCAUGAGAAAGUUUUGUGAAGGCUUGCCUUGUUUAUCUGAUUAUAUUGUAAAUAUCUUAUUGUUUUCUUUUUGAUAGUUGAUUAUACAUAGUUUUAUCUAAUGACAUUUACAACUUGGUCUUGUUAUAAAAAUGUGGAAUCAGGAAUGAAUGGUCGGAAUAAGAUCCUACAGUAAAAUCAGUGUUUACUUCGCGGAAUGAGAUAGCCAAGGAACAAAUAAAUUUUAACUAAUUUUAUAGACAGAUAUAGCUUCAUACAUAUAUAUGUAUGAAGUACAUAUAUACUAUUUGAUUUCGUUUGUUAUGAAAUGUAUAAAUUAUUUUUAAGUAGCCGUAUAGUGUAUUGCUAUUUAAAAAUAAACCAUAAAAGUCGGAAAAGUAAUAAAUUUCCAUAAAUAUUAUCGAUAAAUAAAUUUCCAUAAAUUUAUAAAUGAGAACCAAUAAAAGUAGAACAUAAUAAAAUUUAUGCUUAUCAAAUGGAGCGAAAAUAAAAGGUUUUUUAAACAAUUUGUGAUAAUUCUUUGAGUGAGUCUGAACAGUAAUAGUCAGAUAGAUGUUAUUUCUUGUGCUAAGAGCGAAUGAAAUACGAACGUAAAAAAAAAACAAUCGGUGCUAUAUCACCGUCAAUUCGUCAAUGUAAAAUUAUUUUAUGGAUACCUACCUUGGCUCAUUCUCCCCUUGAUAUUGUCAAUUGAAUACGAAUAAAUUUUGAUACU